CCUUAACACAAUAAACUCGUUACGUUAGCGCCAGGUAUCGUUGAAUCGAAAGUGCAGGGAAAAUGACUUGCUAACACUGCCGGUGGGACUAGCUACAUUUUAGCUAGCUAGCUAGCUAUCGUUAGCACAAGGGUAGUACUUACUUCUGCCGUUACCCAGCAAACACUGUUUAUCGUUAUGUAUUGUAUUUCAUUGCUCUAUGUGUUGUUGGGAUGUGGUGUGGUACGUUCACUUUUGACAAGUUAAAUAGGGGACUGGGGGAACUACGAAGCUAAAUUAUUUUGCUAGGUUAAGUAGCACCACAUAGCUAAUGGGAUAUUGCUUCGUAAGAACUAAGCUAUGACCUGCAAGAACUUAUUUAGCUCCCGUUAGCCGGCUAUGCUAGCAUUCCUGGAAACAGUUUUGCUAAACUUGGGCCAUUGCAUUCUUUCUCUUUGGACUUAUAUGUCUGAUUGUGUGGUUGACGAUACGUCGUAGAAUUAUGGCGCCUCGCAUACAGCUGGAGAAAGCCGCUUGGCGUUGGGUGGAAACGGUGAAACCUGAAGAAAUCAGACAGGAGCAUAUCGAGCUAGCAUAUCGCGUCAAUCUCCCGGCCUGCAAAAGAGGAGCCUGCAGGAGAAACUGCAAAGGUAAUCCCAACUGUCUCGUGGGGAUUGGUGAACAGGCAUGGCUGGGGGAAAUUGAUGAGAAUGCUUUCCACAAUAUAGACGACCCCAAUUCAGAACGCCGAGACAAGAACACAUUUGUUGGGCUGACCAACCUGGGUGCAACAUGUUACGUCAACACAUUCCUGCAAGUGUGGUUCCACAACCUGGAGCUGCGUAGGAGUCUCUAUCAGUGUCACAAUUCCCGAGCACAGGAACACAACGUUGAAUCUGAUUAUGAGCCUCAAUCCAUCUGUGAGCAUCUGCAGUACCUGUUUGCACUCUUGCAGAACAGCAACAGAAAGUACAUAGAUCCUUCAGGGCUGGUUAAAGCGCUGGGCUUGGACACAGGACAGCAGCAGGAUGCCCAGGAGUUUUCAAAGCUUUUCUUGUCUCUGCUGGAGGACACACUGUCCAAACAAAAGAACCCCAAUCUGCAGAAUGUCAUCCAGCGGCAGUUCUGUGGACAGUUCUCCUACGUUACUGUCUGUAACCAGUGUGGACGGUCAUCUGCUCUGCCAUCCCGGUUCUAUGAGUUGGAGCUGAACAUCCAGGGCCACAAGAACCUCACAGAGUGCGUCACAGAGUUCCUGAAGGAGGAGAAGCUAGAUGGAGAGAACCGCUACUUCUGUGAGAGCUGUCAGAGUAAACAGAGCGCCACCCGAAGGAUAAAACUGCACAGCCUUCCUCCGACACUCAACCUGCAGCUCAUGCGCUUUGUCUUUGACAGACAAACAGGUCACAAGAAGAAGCUGAACACUUUUAUCAGUUUUCCAGAGCAGCUGGACAUGGGGCCUUUCCUGGAAGGAAAACAAGACCAGAAGUGUGUUUACGAACUGAGCGCGGUGCUGAUCCAUCGGGGCAUCAGUGCCUACUCAGGACACUACAUUGCCCAUGUGAAGGACGCUCGUACUGGCGACUGGUACAAAUUCAAUGAUGAGGAAAUUGAGAAGAUGGAAGGCAAGAAGCUGCAGCUUGGAAUUGAGGAGGACAUUGCUGAGACAGUUAAGUCCCAGGCACGAAAGCCAAAGUGCAGUAAAGGCUACCACUGCUCCAGAAAUGCCUACAUGCUGGUGUAUAAGGUCCAGGAAGAGGAGAGCUCAGAUCCCUCUAGGACCAGUGUUGAGGUGCCAGCCUUCCUUCAGAGGUUGGUGGACCAAGACAACCACAAAUUUGAGGAGUGGUGUCGUGAAAUGGCAGACAUGAGAAAACAAAGCGUGGAUAAAGGCAAGGCCAAGCACGAGGAGGUGAAAGAACUCUACGAGCUUUUACCCACAAAAGACGGCGAGCCGUAUGAGUUCAUCCCCCUGGACUGGCUGAAGAAGUGGCUGGACGACUCUACUGCCACGAAAGAAAUCGACAACUCCCUCUUCCUGUGUUCUCACGGCAAACUUCACCCAGACAAGGUGGGAGACUCCAAGAGGGUUUCCCUGCAGGCUGCUCACCUCCUCUACGAGCGCUACGGCGGAGGGCCGAGACUGGACGAUUCCUCUCUGUGUAAGGAGUGUGUUGGCCAGCGAUGCAGAGUGCUGCGACUGAAGAACCGGCUCAAUGAAGACUACAAGGAAGUCUCCAACCUGGUCAAACGCACGCUCAGUGGUGAGGGCUACUGGGUGGGCAAAGCAUCUCUGCGCAGCUGGAGGCAGUUGGCAUUGGAACAGCUGGAGGAGGACGAACAUGAAACCAAACACAGCAAUGGCCAGACCAACGGCCAGGGACCACACAUCAACAACAGCAAAGAGUUUGGCCCAGAGCUCUCGGGCAACGAGGACGAGAUGAAGACCUUCAAUGAAGACAUCGUCUGCAGUCACGGGGGUCUGAGUAUUCUGGAGACUGAACGGAAGCUGGUAUCCUCUGAAGUGUGGACCAAGCUGAGGGCGUACUUCCCCAAAGCUCCAGAAUUCACCCAAAACCAAGAGCCAUGUCAGCAGUGCCUGACGUUAGAGCAGGAGGAAAAAGACAAUGAGGCAGUCAGUAAGAUGAUGGCUCUGGACCAGAAGAACCAGCUGCUCAACCUCUUCCAUGAGAAGAAUCGGCCGACACUCACCAAGUGGCCACAGGGUACAGAUGUACUUUACAUAGUCCCUCUGUUUUUUGUGGACGAGUGGAGAAAAUUCAUCAGGAGGCCCACAAAAUCCUCUCCAGUGUCUAAUGUGGGUAACACUCUGCUUCUCUGCCCUCACGGAGGCUUCAUGUUCACCUACGACUCCCUGAUCAAUGGAGAUGCACAACAUAUAGCUCUGCUCUGGCCCAACGAAUGGGAAGUGAUCAGCAGACUCUUCAUUGUGGACCAGCCAAUCUCCAUCCACUGCUUCAAACAAACCACACCAAGUGGUCCCACCACCCAGUACACCACCCAGCCUGAUCUGUGUUGGGAGUGCAGAGAGAGCUUCCUUUUCCAGCAGCAGAGAGACCUCAGAGAGUACACCCAGGCAACCAUCUACAUCCGCAAAGUCAUCGAAGACAAGAGGAUGAUAAAGGAGGCAGCACCAGAGAUGAACGCCAGCAGCUCUGAGGCAGAGGAGGAAAAAGAAGAACAUCCAAAGGUGGAUGGAGAGAAAGACCCAGACUUUAGCCAGUCACAGGAUGGUGCAAAGCGGCUAAAGCUGUGUGACAGCAGCGCAGCAUCAGCGGCCGCUGUUCCAGUGACCAACGUGACGAAAGUAGGUGGAAUCAGGAGAAGCACCCGGCACAGGAAACUCAGAGGAGAGAAAGCGCUCAUUGUUUCGGCCAAUCAGACACUCAAAGAGCUGAAAAUACAGAUUAUGCACGCCUUCUCCGUGGCUCCGUUUGACCAGAACCUCUCCAUUGAUGGAAAAAGUCUGACGGACGACUCGGCCACACUGGGCAGCCUGGGCGUCAUCCCAGAGAGCAUCAUCUGUCUAAGGGCCGAUGAGCCAAUAGCAGAUUAUGCUGCAAUGGAUGAUGUGUAUCAGGUGAGAAUGCCUGAAGAGGGAUUUAAAGGCACUGGGCUUCUCGGGCACUGAGGAAAGCUGUGCUGCACCUAUGCUUGAAUUGGACAGAUGACAGAUAGAAAUUUAAAAAAAAAAAAGCUUGAAUUUGUCAAGUG